GAGCCAGUCAGCAUGCCUGGAAAACGAUUGCCCAUGAGGGUAUCUACGGUGGUGGAAGAAGCGUGGCUUCUUCUGCUUUGCUGAUUGAUGAUGAUUUAUGAGGUUGAUGUGGUUGCUGAUGGUGGUGUUCUUGUUUUUCUCUGGAAGCAACUUGUUAUUGUAGUUCUUGCGUGUGAUUUUUAGUAUUUGUAAUUAGAAGUAACAUCAGAAGUUCUAUUUCAUCAUCUAGUUGUUUGGUUCUGAUCAUGAUGUUGAUGUCCAUGUAGAGCUCAGCAAUAAAAGAAGCACCAAUCUUCAUUUAUUGUUGAGCAGCAGUCAGCCACUGACAGCACCUCUUCUAAGCAAUUUCGAAAAGCCCCUGAGCGAGGAUGAAUACGACCAGAAACUGCAGAAAUUGAUGGAGGAUAACACCGAUCGCAAGAGCUCUAUCCAUCUAGACAUCAUGGGCCGUCGAAUGAGGAGGU